AUGGCUGGCGCACACACUCCGUCACCUGCUCUUAUGGAUCCAGCAAGCACAUCCAAGGCUCACGUGGACCUUCUGCAUAGUGAUGAGAUGCCUUCGCGAACCACAUACGCGAAUGUGUUCCCACGGCUGCAACCACCCUCAGGGCACGGGAUUCAUUCGCUUUCCUUCAGCACGACUGCAAACGCGGAUCGCCUUCCAAACUCCAGGAUCCAAUUCCGUCCUCUGAUCAAACAGCCUGUCCUCGCCGAUCCCAGUGGGGUGGAGCCGCGCCUCAAAGCAAUCCUGGUCCGCUAUUAUACAGAGCAUCUCGCACAUUGGUUUGACCUGUGCGACCCACUCCGACAUUUCGCGACAGUAGUUCCUCUUCGAGCACGAAACUCCCGCCCCCUGAUGAACGCCAUCUUCACCGUCUCAGCAAGACACUUGGUCCGCUCUAGUAUGCAUAGAGACGAUUCAGGGAUCGUGUUCUGGCAGGGGAAUGUCCUCCCUGAGCUGAAUGAGGAAAAAGCCGUCCACUUCCACAACGAAUGUAUUCGUGAACUCCUCCAAUUGAGCAUGGAUCCGGACCAAGUCCAUAAUGAAAAUCUCCUUGCGGCGGCGAUCAUUCUUCGAACCGAUGAAGAGAUGGACGUUCUCUGUCGUGAGGACGACGAUAGCGGCGGUGGCCAGGUGUUUCUCAGCUUGAUAUACGCUUACAUCAAUGCACAAGUGCCGAGUAUUGCGCCCUUCCUACAUCAAUCUCCCAUUACUGUCUUUCAUAGCUUUUCCCGCGAUGCGAUACGUGCCGCCUCGGAACGAGGCCCAGGCCCACAGACCGCAUACACGCCCACGGCACCGGGCUCUGAACUGAUAGCCCCGUCUCCAGCGUGGAUGCCUCCAUACGAUCGAAUCACUGAUAGUAGUAUUCCUCGAACCACAAGCCAAGCCAACCCUCUCCGUCAAGCCUGCUUCUGGGUCGCCUGCCGGCAAGAAGUGUACGCAUCAUUCAUUAAGCAACGACCCAUCAUCCUGCCCCUUUCUCGCUGCGGAGGCCUCCGCGAGCUUUCCCCGUGCGAAGACCACAUCUGGGCCAUGCGCAUGGUGGUCUUUUGUGCCGACGUCCUCAACCUCUGCUACGGAAGCAGCGAUAGCGGCAAUACCAAAACACCACCGUUGUACGCAGAUGUCGACCACUGGCGCCGGCUGCAAGAGCGCGACACCGCCAUUUGCGCCACGAUGCCCUCUUCAUUCGAACCCACCUACUAUAGCGCGUCCAACCUCGAGGCCGGCGAAUGCUUUCCCGACGUUUGGUAUCAAGAGUCCUGGCACGCGACAGGGAUUGCGCACAUGGACCUAGCCCGCAUCCUUCUCACCGUCUUCGACCCUUUCUUACCGAGACUAGGCAUCGGAAACGUCGCCGCGAUGCGAGAACGGGAUAGAUUAUUACGCUACAUCGUGCUGCAUCUUUGCGGCAUUGCCGUGAGUAAUUGGCGGAGUCCGCCAAAUUCAAUCAACGCAUUCGUUGCGAUUGCCAUGUGUGGAGAGCUUUUUACAGAUCGGCGUGAGCAGACGGCCUUAUUGGCGCUGUUGGAUUCAAUACAGAGGGAGUUUGCUUAUCCAACGGCCAGUAUUGCGAAUGAGUUGAAAGAGACUUGGACGAAAAUAUAA